UGGGCACAGAGGAGCGGCGGCUAUGCGGUCGCUUCAAAAUCCCUUCUGCUUCAUUCUGCAGAUUUUGGCCUUCCUUGGGACAGGGCUACCUCCUCCUCGACAGCCAGCCACCAUCUCUGCACCGUCAUCAUGCACUGUAUUCCUGGCGGCUAUCGGUGACCACAUCGCGCCCGUGUUCGAUGCCACAGUUUCGUCCCUCCCCUUCACCAAGCCAGCAUCAUCGUCAACGACAGCAGGAUUCUCUGCGAAUUUAAGCGCCUGGUCACCGCAGGACGCUUUCAGUGGGCACAGAGGAGCGGCGGCUAUGCGGUCGCUUCAAAAUCCCUUCUGCUUCAUUCUGCAGAUUUUGGCCUUCCUUGGGACAGGGCUACCUCCUCCUCGACAGCCAGCCACCAUCUCUGCACCGUCAUCAUGCACUGUAUUCCUGGCGGCUAUCGGUGACCACAUCGCGCCCGUGUUCGAUGCCACAGUUUCGUCCCUCCCCUUCACCAAGCCAGCAUCAUCGUCAACGACAGCAGGAUUCUCUGCGAAUUUAAGCGCCUGGUCACCGCAGGACGCUUUCAGUGGGCACAGAGGAGCGGCGGCUAUGCGGUCGCUUCAAAAUCCCUUCUGCUUCAUUCUGCAGGUUCGUAAAUACCCAUCUUUUCACGUUAACCGAUCCUGUAAUGGCUUUCUGCUGCUCCUCCAGUGCCCGCUGGUUUUUCUUAGAAUUGCUUAUAUGUGUGUUCACGUUUUUAAGUUACUUUUGUUGUCUGGGGACGUUGAAUUAAACCCCGGCCCUAUCACUAACGCUGAUAUUCUGGCUGCCAUUGCUGAACAGUCUUCUAAAAACGAUGCGCGUCAUACCGAAAUGGUUGACAUGCUAAAUCAGGUCAAAGAUAACCAGCAUCAGCUAGAACUAAAAGUGUUAGACAUCAAUUCAAGACUUGCAGCAGUCGAAUCACUUGUAGAAUUACUAGAUGUGCCAAAGCAUCCUACUGAACUGUCUAAUGUUGUUAGUGAGGCCGUCCGAGGCGAAACUACCGUUCUGAAUUCAAGACUUAAUGAGCUUGAAGAUAGAUCCCGUCGUGACAAUUUACUUUUCUACGGUAUCGCCGACACCCUUUCCGAAGACUGGUCGCAGUCAGAAUCUCAUAUCCGCGAUAAUCUUUCCACAAUAUUAGGACUAGAUCUACCUGGCGAGGCAAUAUCCCGUGCUCAUAGAUUAGGCUCAUACUCAACUAAUAAAUGCCGGCCAAUAAUUGUUAAAUUCUCUUCCUCUAAAUUCAAGGCGAAUGUGUUUUCUCAGCGUUUUAAGUUGAAAGGAACAGGAAUUUCAGUCAGUGAGGAUUUCUGUCCGGCUACGCGGCAGUUACGUAAAAAGUUAAUCGAUUUCGGUAAAGGCACCGGUCAGAGGUUCUCGCUCAAACUAAACAGGCUGCACGUUAAUCAAAAGGUGUAUACUUACUGCCCUGUAACAGAUUGUGUUUGCGAAGUGACUCCUAGUCACGCUCGUGAAGCUAACAACGCCGCGUCUCUCCCUCCGGGUGCCAAUAUUACAGUUUCCGCGCCGCAACCGGGCACCGAUAACGCAGUUUCCGCACCUGGUCCAAGCAAUUAUAAUUCACACGCGUCAUCAACAUAA